AUGGCCACGGGAGAAGUUAGUGGAAGCUCGUAUAGGCUCCUGCUAAGACUGACAGCUGCACCUUUGAGGCACUCCGGCACCUCUGACCUGACGAGACAACUGGCUCCUCCUGCCGGGGAGCCUUACCUGACUGAGACAGUGGGCUCCCGCCACUUAUGGGGAGCCACAUCCCCAGCGAGCUUGUACAGCCAAUCAAUAAGAAGAAAUUCAGAUUCAGCAGCCACUCCAAGCAAAGCCAUGGGUCUGUUCUCUGUUCCUGCAGAAGAGCAUUUUCCUGGAGUGUCCUGGAGUGUUGUGGAAGCUCUGGGGAGGGACUGGCUGGGAAGAGGGCCCAGAGCCAUGGGCAGCCACAGAGGACAGUGCUCCAAAGGAGAGUUUGGGGUGUCAGGACUGCCUUGCCAUCAAGAACUGUUGGGAAUGGAAAUUUAUAAGGAUGACCCACCAAGUGCUUUUCCUGAGGUCCUGGGCUCUGAGUUGGAACCGUCUUGCCUGCAUUCUGUCCUGUCUGCAGUACCGCACACAUGUCCUGAAGUACUCCUGAAUGAUGAGACAAAACACAUUUUCCUUGAACAUUUAAAACCCAUGUUUUCAAAGCAAACAAUAGAAUAUAAGAAAAUGCUUUCAAGUGUAGAAAGUACCUCAAUUGGUCUGCAGAUAACAUGGGGGUUACUGGCUCUAUGACCUUUUGAAUUAGCAGAUCCAUUAUGCCAUAGUUAAGGUACAAGCAGAACAAUAAAAAUAGAUUAAUUUUAAAAGUCGUUUUAGAAUGAUUUCUUUAACAUUAAAUCUAUAUGGAAACCAUGCAACCCUUAAGUUCCUGCUUUGGUUUGUAUGACCAAAGUAAGUUGAGCUUUAACUCGGAGGAAACUAGUUAAUGAAGAAGAAAAUUUUGUAGCUUGUUUUAAAUUGUGCUUGAAAGACAUUCAGGACUGGGAAACCAUUUAGGAGAGUAUUGAUAUAACCUGUAUAAAUAUCAGAUUAGAACAUUCUGAUUUAACGUGAAGUUCUCUACAUAUCUUCAGUACCCAUUCUUGAAGGGCUACUGUCCCACAUGCUGUGUGUCUCCUCCAUUUGUCUUUGAUCACCUAAUGGAAGUGGAUAUUUGUAAUAUUUACCCCCACUGUAUUGUUAUUAGGCCUUGAUGAGUUUUUGGUAAGCUGUUAUCAUUUCUCCAUUUUGUGGAACGAUUUUAAUUUCCUAUCUUUCUCACACCCCUUUCAUUCCUCUUCAAAUACAAUUUAGAUGGAGGUCCUAUGGUGAAAGUUGCAAUAUUAAACUUACCUUUAGAAUAAUCCUUUCUCAAACUAGGAACCCAAGCAGUGUUACCUUAAAUAAAAAGGAACUUGAUACUAUUUGAUGUUGCUCAGUUAUAGAGAGGCAAAUCAGGUACUUCCUUUAUACAAAUUUCCCAUGUUCUAGGAAUUGAGGUAUCUUUUACACUAAGAUUUUUCUGAGGUAACUCCUUUUGUUUGUUGAUAACUUUAAUAAAGGUCAUUUAAGGAUAUAUGUUUUUAAG